CGUAAGAAUAAAAGGGAGGGCGGGGGAUAAUUUCUAAACUGAUAGUUCUAGGUAUUUAAACAGAAAGAACAUCAAUCAUUGUUUGGAAACUAGAGAAGUAACAAGAUAGAGGGAAAAGUCACGUUGAAGAUUGAAAUAUAUCUGAAAACAUCUUUUCAUCCCCCAAAGUUUCAAGUUUCAACUACUGAAUAACAGAAUGCAAAACCAAACUGGUAAUUUAUCAACCACUGUACCUGCACAACCUUCGACCAGCGAACUGUGCCAGGAGUAUACAUAUGCAAUAUUUUAUGGUGCUGGAAUGCCUCUCUAUGCGAUAGUAGCGAUACUAAUCAUAUCACUGUUCGAGAGAAGACGAUACAAAUCGGAUGUUUGUUACGGAAAACCCGGACUACCAUUGCCCAUCAAUUUUCUGGACGGCACAUCCAACUCAGUUGCCAAUGCAGCAGCCUUUGGGUGUACUCUGCAACAUCUUAUAGUUUAUUUGUUUUAUACCGAGUUAUCAGUAGAUAGAUGGUUGAUCGGCAGUGUUUUGUUCCUUUUGACGUUCCUAGCCGCAUUGGUGUUUUAUCCCAUUUUCGCCUGUUUAAACUCGUCAUCAAGAGUAAUGGGUUCUCUCAUCGGAUUUAUUUAUACAAUACUUUUGACAUCUGUUCUGUUUGCAAGAAGUUACAUAUGUGCUGCAUUAGGAUGGUACUGGGCUCUGUAUGCUGUUACACUUGUCAGUGAAAUCUACAUCUUGAUUUUGUUUGUCUAUCGAUUUUUUACAGCCAUUUUUAAAAAAUCAAGAUUUCACAAGGAUCACCUAGUAAAGAUUGACCAAGUUUUGCAUGUUAAAACACUUUUGGUAGCACCCAAAUCUAAUAUAGAGAAAAGCGAUAUUAGACAAAGACUUGUUUCGUAUUCGGAGAACGUGUUGGCCGAAGCAAAGCUAUGUUGUCUUCACAAAAGUCUGUAUCGGUGUACAACAAGGACUCUUGCCAUCAAUACCAUUGUCCUACUUUUGUUUUACUAUAAUUUUCUAGUAAUGAUUUAUCUAGGAGAGAAAAUUGAGAGUUCGUUGUCGCGCUUGGAAGCAGCUUUUGUCUCCUCUCGUUCGAUAAAUGUUUCCAAACAUAUUGCCAUUUUCACGGACGUGAUCAGAGCGUCCUGGAUGAUCGGCAACAUUCUGUCCGCUGUUUAUCUGAUAACCAACAUGGUCCUUAUCUACCGGUCUCAGAGACAACAUCUCAUGAGAAGAUGGAGAGGAGACAAAUCUUUUAUUCCCAGUCAGUGCAAACUUGAUCACUCAGAAAUGCUGGUAAAAAAUUUAAUGUAUGCAGGGCACCAGGUUUCAUACCUUUUUGGAGGAUACCUUCUUUUUCAAACAGUGGUGAUUGCCUUCUGUCUUUUGUUAUCCUACUUUUGUAUUUUGCCAAUAAUGAAAAAGGUUCCACCAGAGUUUCUGAUACCUCUGGAAUUUGUGUUACCUAGUGUGAUCUUUUUGUUUGUCCUGAGAUUCAUCCUUCGGUUCACCAGCAGUCGCGUGUUCCUACAAAAUCAUUAUCUAAGUUCCGACAAUGGAAAUCAUUGGGAAAAAGCAUUGGCUCUAGAUAACAGACGAGUCUACCAGAACUUGUCAUUUUUCCUGUUUUUCUACUAUAUCUUGACUGGGUUUUACCGAUGUACUUUCCGUGUCCUGACUUCUAUCUGUAUAAAUACAUUCCACAUUGCACGUAUGGACAAAUCAUUACUGAUUCCUGGGUUUGAGCGUUUUGACUUUGGAUAUAUGACUUACCUUGGAUUUUUGGAGGUUGAGCUUCAUCAAUGUCACCCAGUAGUUGUGGUGUGCUGUGAUUUGCUUAUGAAAUCUGUGAAUCACUUAUCAUCAAAACCGGAAACAAGCUUGGAGUCCCCGAUGGAUGCAUAUAAAAGAAAUAUAAUGUCAAAAAUGUACACACGAAAAGUGAGAAACAAGUGGCAAAAGAUGAAGACGUUGAUCUUGAACCAGAAUCUUUGUAAUGAAUCGAAAUCAAAUGUUUCUGUUCAACAACCUCGGCAAGCCAAGUUAACACUUUAGUUCUUUCAAAUGCUUAUAACAAAUAGUUUUUUUUCCAAAAGUUCAAUUGGCUUAGCGAUUACUAAUUUUGUUUUAUCUGCGCUGUUAAGGUUUGUAUUUGUCAGAUUUUUUUUGAGUAAUAGUAAAAAUCCAGUUCUAUGAAUGUGUUCAUUUUUUAUACAUUUAAAUUUUUUGGUUUUCAAAUAGUUAUACAAUUCGUGUAUAUUUAUAUAGGUGCAUAGUGUUUGAGGAAGAAAAAAUGAAUAAAUGUGUUAGCAAAUUUGUAAUUUAUGCAGAUUGUGAUCUAAAGUAAAAUAAAUUGGAAAUUGAUAUACAAUGUAUACUUCUGUUAUUAUUAGUAUGGCCCAGGUAUAAACGUGUUGCGCUAAUUGAUAAAUUGAUAUGUCAUAUAUAUAUAUAUAUAUAUAUAUAUAUAUAUAUAUAUAUAUAUAUAUAUAUAUAUAUA